AAUAAAAAGCCCUGGAAAUACUAGGACCUCAACCUCAGAUCUCUAGCGGAAGAGAAAAAAGCCUGUAAAUCGAGCUGAGGACCAGUGAGGCUCCAGAGAAUGCUACUCACCGACAUUUCUGGACAGGUCACCAACUGAGAGAUCCAUUACUGUCUCAGUCUCAUCGCUUCCUAAGUUAGAGCUGGGUGGGCCCUGUUCCUGGAAAGGCGUCUGGGGAAUAAAGAUGGAAGCCGGAGAGGAGCGCUUUCCUAAACAAAGGCAAGUCCUGAUUCUCUUUCUUUUGAUGAGAGUGGCUUUGGCAGGCUGGGAAUCCCGUCGUUAUUCCGUGAUGGAGGAAACUGAGAGCGGCUCCUUUGUGGCCAACCUGGCCAAGGACCUAGGGCUGGGAGCGGGGGAGCUAGCUGCGCGGGGAGCCCGGGUGGUCACUGAGGAUAAUGAACCCCGAUUGCAGCUUGAUCUGCAGACUGGGGACUUGAUAUUAAAUGAGAAACUGGACCGGGAGGAGAUGUGCGGCCCCACUGAUCUAUGUGUAAUGCAUUUCCAAGUGUUACUGAAAAAACCUUUGGGAGUAUUUCGAGCUGAGCUACUAGUGAGAGACAUAAACGAUCAUUCUCCUGAGUUUCCUGAAAGAGAAAUGACGCUGAAAAUCCUAGAGAACAGCUCUCCUGGGACCGUUUUUCCUUUGAAAAAAGCCCAGGACUUGGAUGUGGGCAAAAACAAUAUCCAAAACUACAACAUCAGUCCCAACUCUCAUUUUCAUGUUUCCACGCGUAACCGGGGGGAUGGCAGGAAAUAUCCAGAACUAGUGCUGGACAAAGAGCUGGAUCGGGAGGAAGAGGCUGAGUUCAGAUUAACCCUCACAGCGCUGGAUGGCGGCUCUCCACCCCGGUCUGGCACAACCCAGGUCCGUGUCUUGGUCUUGGACGUCAAUGACAACGCUCCUGAGUUUGCACAGAUGCUCUACCAGGUGCAGGUCCCAGAGAACAGCCCCGUAGGUGCCCUAGUUGUCAAGGUCUCUGCUAGAGAUUUAGACACUGGGACAAAUGGAGAGAUAUCAUAUUCCCUUUUUUAUAGUUCUCAAGAGAUAAGCACAACUUUUGAGCUAAAUAGCCUUUCAGGAGAAGUUCGAUUGAUUAAAAAACUAGAUUUUGAGACAAUAUCCUCAUAUGAGCUGGAUAUAGACGCCUCUGAUGGUGGGGGACUUUCUGGAAAAUGCUCUGUCUCCAUUGAGGUGGUGGAUGUUAACGAUAACUCCCCAGAACUAACUAUUUCAUCACUUACCAGCCCCAUUCCUGAAAAUUCCCCCGAUACAGAAGUGGCCCUGUUUAGAAUUCGAGACCGAGAUUCAGGGGACAACGGAAGGAUGGCAUGCUUCAUCCAAGAUGAUCUUCCUUUCCUCCUAAAACAGUCUACAGAGAAUUUCUACACCCUAGUAACAAAUGGGGCACUGGACAGAGAGACCAAAGCCGAGUAUAAUGUCACCAUUAUAGUCACCGACUUGGGAACACCCAGCCUGAAAACUGAGCACAACAUAACCGUACUGGUCUCCGACGUCAACGACAACGCCCCGGCCUUCACCCAAACCUCCUACACGCUGUUCGUCCGCGAGAACAACAGCCCCGCCCUGCACAUCGGCAGCGUCAGCGCCACAGACAGAGACGCGGGCGCCAACGCCCAGGUCACCUACUCGCUGCUGCCGCCCCAGGACCCGCAGCUGCCCCUGGCCUCCCUGGUGUCCAUCAACGCGGACAACGGGCAGCUGUUCGCCCUGAGGGCGCUGGAUUACGAGGCCCUGCGGGUCUUGGAGUUCGGCGUGGGCGCCGUGGACCGCGGCUCCCCGGCGCUGAGCAGCCCGGCGCUGGUGCUGCGCGACGCGGCCAAGCACAGGCUGCUGGUGCUGGUCAAGGACAAUGGCGAGCCGCCGCUGUCGGCCAGCGUCACGCUGCACGUGCUGCUGGUGGACGGCUUCUCGCAGCCCUACCUGCCGCUCCCGGAAGCGGCUGCCGACGCGGCCCAGGCCGACCCGCUCACGGUCUACCUGGUCAUCGCGCUGGCGUCGGUGUCGUCGCUCUUCUUGUUCUCGGUGCUGGCGUUCAUCGCGGUGCGGUUGCGCCAGAGGAACAGGGGCGCCUCAUUGGGUGGCUGCUCGGUGCCCGAGGGCUACUUUCCAGGCCACCUAGUGGACGUCAGCGGUACAGGGACCCUGUCCCAGAGCUACCAAUAUGAGGUGUGUCUGACGGGAGACUCAGGGAAUGAGUUCAAAUUCUUGAAGCCUAUCUUCCCCAAUAUUCAAGGCCAGAGCCUUGGGAGUAAGUCAGAAUAGUUUAGGUAUCUAAAACGUCCCCACUUCGAACAUUAGUGUUGUCUCCUUCACCGUUUCCUUUUUUGUUUUAACCCAGUAGUAGCCUUUCGACUUGCUUUUCUUUUUUCUCUGUUUUCCUUAUUAAAGUAACUCUUCGUUUUGUUUGCCUGGUUGUCCUACAAUUAUUUUUCCAAUUGUAUUAAUAGUAACAAAUUUAUAUCAGGAAAUUUCAUAUUUCUGAUUAAAAUUUUAGUACUCAUUCCUAAAGGAUAAUAUGAAAGUUAACCUCUCAGAAUAAACAUAAUUCUAAUUUUAAAUUUAUGCAUCUCAUUGUAUGACACUACAUAAGAAUAUCUGAUUUCUUUUUAUCAUACUUUAUUUUUAAAUUAUUGGAAGUCUUUUUAGUUUGUAUUAUUUACACAGCUAUGACUCUUCUAUAAUCCUUUUGUUUAGGGUGGAAUCGAUUUGUAUUUACCCAUGUCCAGUUUCUUCCAAGCUCUGUUUUGAUUUUCGUUUUAUCAAUAGGCAGCAACAAGUAAACUUUCAUGCUGUUUAUAUCACAAUAACACUUUCAGUCAUUAGACUUUCAUUCUAAAAUAUAUAUAUGUCAUUUCAUGGAAAUAUUUCUUCUAUUCUUUCUCAUCUAACGUAAUGUUGAAAAGACUUAUGGGUUCUUCAUUAUAUCUGACUGAAGUUAUGAAUCUGAGAAGAGUCCUGAACAGGUUUACUGAUGCCCAGAUUUAACUGUACCUUAAAGGCCAGUAGACUCUAGGACCAAGUAAUGCAUCGCCUGCAAUUGUCCCUUGCUAUUGCAGAGAAAUUCUCAAGUGAACUCCAAAUUCCGGGCCUAAAGGAGCUCUUGGUAGCACAGCAUGCCAAUAUCUACUUGCCUUUGGAUGAUAUAGUUCUGGUUAAUAAGGAAUUUGUAAGAAAAUACAUUGUAGAAUUAAUAUUAAUUAACUAAAGAAAACUUAAUAAAAGAUAUGUUAAUGAGGGUGUUGAAUGAUUUUGAAUAAGUAAUCAGCUCUUUUGUCAGGACUCCUUUGUCUCCAGAAGCCUCUUAAUUUUGCAGAUACUAUAGACUGGUAUAAUAGGCAGAAUAAUGGCUCCCAUAAGACAUCCACAUCCUAUUCCCUGGAAUCUAUGAAUAUGUUGUAUUAUAUUGCAAAAGGGAAUUCAGGGUUCAGAUGGAAUUAAAGUUGCUAAUCGGCUAACAUUAAAAUAGAGAGAAUGUCCUAGAUGAUCUGGAUGGGCCUGAUUCAAUCCGUUGAAAGUCCUUAAAAACAGCUGACUUCCUUAAGAUGAAGAAUUUCAGACUGGGGCAGCACCUUCGGCUCAUACUCCGGAGUUCCAGCAUGCCCUUUUGUAUUGCCUACUCCUCAGAUUUUCAACUUGCCUAGCCAGCUCCUGCAAUUGAAUAAAUCAUUUGCUUGCAAUAAAUCUCUUAAUAUAGA